CUGGCGCGUCUGCCAACAUCGAACCUCACUUGCACACUCCGGGCCCAACCUUCUCAGCCCUCAACCACGACAACACUCUGGCGCUGCCUCUCUAGUUGUCGAUGAUCGCACCUCAGAGGCUUUUGCGCAUUGCUUGCUGAGCCUUGCGACCAUGGCUUCGCCCCCAAAUGGCGUCUAUUUCCCUUCCCUGGAUGAGUGCCUGAAGGGCGACAAGUUGGUCUUAUCCUGGAGGUUGGUCGCCUCAGCUCUCCAAGAUGCCUCCACCGAUCGUCUCGCCAGCCAAUGUGUGAAAGACUUUCUGCAAGACCGCUACGUGACAGACCUGGUCCGCUCUCCCUCCAAAGCGUUCGAAAAGCCUACCCCACGGUCCAGAUCCGAGUUCGACACCAAGGCCGCCGCCAUUCAUGUCACUCCGACCCCGAAUGACAAGUACGACAUCAAGGCCAUCAAGGAGGACUCGCUGUGGUUGAGCAGCAGCGUCGGCAUCAACGAGGUUGCAGCUUUGCGCAUCGCUGUCAUCGAGUUCCAGAGCAGGCCGCAGAGUCACCUGGCCGGGCCCUUUUCCACCCAGGACAUAAUGAACCUUCACCAGGCCGUAGGCGCCGAUGGCACACAGGCAAAUACACUCCUGGCCUUCGUCAACGCGGCCGACACGGUCGAUGCUGACGCCGUCUGGUCCGACUUCAACACCCAGGCAGGGAGACGACGCCGUCUUUUGGACCUAUAUAUGUCCGAGCGUCGCUACCUCAUGGCUUUUGUUGACGGGGUCCUCAACCUGACCUUGAACGAGCCGCUCUCGGACACAGAUGCAGCAAAGGCAGAAUUGUCCGCGCAAGUGCUGAUGGCCGUAUUCGGCCAAAGAGAGCCAAAGGAUCUAAGGACCGACACACGCUCGCUUGAGAAGCUUGUCUCCACAUAUCUGGACUUGGUCCCCGAAUGCCUGGAAGGGCCGGAUGCCCGGGUGCGAGCAAUACUAAAGGAUGUGAACAUCCUUCCAGAAGAGCUAGAACUCGUCUGGGCCAGGAUGUCUCUCACCGAGACACUGCAUCUUUUGGCAUCCAUUUUCCGGAUCAUUGACCUCUCUAAAACCUUCCUCUCCGCCGACAUUGUCUCCCGUUGGUUCAGAUUCGUCGACGCGUACAGCUUCCUCGACCAGCUGAACGCGGCCGACGAGCUGACAGCCGAGGUCGCACAGCCUAUAAAGCACUUGACGUGCAUCAUCUCCAUGAGAAUACUCAAUCUGGCGAGAGCUGUAUUGUUUCUCGACGGCGAGAUAGCGCUACAUGCUAAUGAAGAUGCUUACGUCACUUCGGGUUCCACGUUGAAGGAAAUUCACGAAUCCAUCAUCAACGCCGCGAAUGCAAGCCUGCUCACAGCCGGACCUGUGAUUUUCUCCUGGGCCCUCAUUCUGCAGCGCAUGCUGCGCUCGCACCAUGAACGGCUGGAACUAAGAGAUUUGCAACAGAAUCGACAAGCCCAGGAGGGCUUCGAACGUGAAUUGGAUCAUGUUGAAGAACGACCGGGGGUAGGCAGGCGCUCAUCUGCCGGAAGCGUAGUCUCCAUGGAGACCCAGUCAUAUGACCAGUUCCUGAACACCUCUUUCGCAUCCAACUCGCUGCAAUGGGACUUGCAGGAGGUCGAGAAUCUGGCAGGGGCCGUGACUGCAGGCGGCCAGUUGUACGAUUUCAUGACUGACAUAGCUCUCAGUAUGGGCUGCGCUCAGAAUGCCGCGUUUCAGCCGUGUCUGGGGUCGAGAGUGCGCCUUGUACUCCUCGAUUUUCUCAAGAUCAGUUUCCCAGUGACUGGCUACAUUUCGGAGCCUGUUACGACGUUGCUUGCAGUACUCUCGGCUGGCCAAGGAUAUUGGGACAUUCCGAGCGGGAAGUCAAUAUCACCUUCUGAAGACGUCCUGGCUGUGGCUCUUGAUGAUCCCCUCAUCCUUCAAUUCUACAUCCUCCAGGCCUUGCAAAGAUACCCAUACGAAUUCCUUCCCUUCACCAGUCUUUGCAGGAUUCUGUCAACGUGUCUGGCUGAGGAUGAUCGUUCGGGUCUCAUCCUGAAGUCCCUCCUGAAAACUCCGACCGUGACGCUGCCCUUGCCCGAGCCCUACUGGCAGUUCACGGCAGAUGAGGAGGAGCUGGGCAAGUUGGAGCUCACCCACGACUUUCCAUUGUUCGCCGUGUCACCCAAUCGCAAACGCCUCAUCGGAGAGGAAGAGCCUUUCUGCAUUCCUGCCGGAACAUAUGGCAAUCUGGCUUCUGACACCGGUCACAUAGCCCAAAUACAGUUUGAGCAUUCGACCAUCGCGUUGUUGGGGAAGCGCCUCGAGGCCAACCUGGCCCCCGAUUCAUACGAGCUGGCACUUGGUCCCCUUCAAGCCGACGAGCUCGCCGAAACGGUUUCCCUGCUGGCGACAGCCGUCCGGUGCGAGAACUUAAAGGCGUCGGCAGGGAACAGCUCGUCCAUGGUGGACGGUGAAGCGGGGCUGGCCAUCCUACAAGAAGCUAGCCGGGCGCUGCCACGUACGAAAGAUAUCGUCAGCGUCAUCUGUGACACCCUUGACUCUUAUGUCGACGGCGAAUUGGCCAACCUCGAGUCUUCUCACAUACGCGUUAUGACAUCUUGCCUGCAGUUCCUGGACUCCAUAUUGGGAAUAUGCCCCGGCCGUGUGUGGUCAUACAUGGACCGGUGUGACCUCUUGAUCAGCGACUCCAGAGCGGGAAGGCUGUCAAGAAUCACUGGUACGCUUGAUCUCGUUGACGAGAGAUUCGAGUUCCUGUCAACCGUGGUGAGGUUCUUUUCUGAUCUGGUCGAAAAUGGAACGAGAGCAACUGUUCAAAAGAAAGUUGGCAGCAAGAUCAGCGGGCGUUCAGCCCCGAAAGAGAACCCUUGGGUGGGGACCUCUGACAAAGUCAUGACCCAGGUUUAUCUGUCGAUUGCUCACACUGCUAUCGACAUACUUGAGAACUCACUGACAUGGCGUUUCUCGUCGGAAAUCCAGCGAUCUAUCCUCAUCGGAGACUUGAUUCCGGUAAUGGACAACAUUGUCGUCUAUUCGUUUGGCGUCUGCCCGUCGAACAAGUCCAACACCUUGACAGCGUUCUUGGAACCUGCGGCACGGCAUAUUGUUGAGGGUUUUCUGUCCUCUUCCUCCUCCUCGCUACGGUUCCAGCCACUUUUAUCAUCAAUGCUGGUCGCACUUGGAAUGCCAGAGUCAUCCUUGUACCCUAGGCGGACGGAAAUCAUAUCGAAACGUCAACUUGUCGUUCUGGACUUCGCGACGACACUGGUCAAGGUAGCGACCCUUCUCGAGAAACCGACAGUUGUGAUCGAGGAUCAGAUUCUGAAGUGCUCGUCCCUGUUGGCUCGCCUAUGCGCUACAGAUGCUUCCUACAGGAAUUCUGUGCUGUCCCUGCUAGGUGCGGUGGCUGAGAGACUUGGCCGCGAAGAUGCGGAAGCGCCGUCUCUACUUGGCUAUCUGGGCUCUCACAUAUCACGUUCUUUCUUGCAGACGAUUUCGCAAUUGGAUAAACCGUUCGACAGGCCAGCGCUGUCGCGGACGACCUGGAAAUUUUUCUCCACGAUCAUGCGCAACGGCCAGCACUGGAUGGCUAACUGUCUCUUGACCGGCAAGACCCCUCGUGAAGCAUUGGGCAGCGAGGGUAAACUGUCUAAGCUGGCACCUGACUCCAUCCUCAUAACAGCUCUGACACGUCUGCGAUCCAUUCGCACGUUACCAACCUCUGAGACACUAGCAAUUCUGGAUCUCUUGACGUCAGCCCAUAACUUCUGGCAGUGGACUGUGUUCGCAUCCCAAGAGGAUAUCGAUUGCUUGGCCGAGCUGCGAGCUUACGUUCGUCAGCUCAAAGCAGCAUCUGUGACGGCAAGAGUCAAUCCGAGGCAAGCCUGUGACGAGGCUCGUAUCGCAGCUUACAUCGCAGAGGCACUCGCAAUGCAUCUCUUUCACCUGCGAAAGACAGGGCGUGAGCAGGAUUUCGCUCAAGCGCUCGUCAAUGACGUUGACUACUACCUACGCGAAGGUGUGACGGUAGCGGGCUACAACAGCUCGUUGCAUGCCAAUUUCUCCAAGAACUUCUCGAAACAAUACCCCGGUUUCUCGCUAGAGGGCUUCCAACGGACAUCAUUAGCGCCGAGAGAACUUGGUGACCAGUACUACUAUGCCCUGGACCUCGCAGACAAGAUGUUGCGAUUUGACCCUGGUUGGGCCGGACCACGAGAGAGAAACGGUUUCCGCCAUGAAAUGGCAGCUGCCAACCUCAACCUCUCUCUCGUUGAUGCGCAAAUAGCUCUAUUCCAUGCUUGGGAAUUUCUACUUCUAGAACUGAGUAGUUGCCUCCUACCUAAAGGGCAACUGAUCACCAAGCAGAUGAUGCAGGUCACGGACCAGUGCCUGGUCUCCAACCAGGGCAACCAGGGGCCUGAACGCAUCUUUCAGAGAAUCACACAAUCCCGUGCGAAUCUGGCCAUGGUACUCGUGCAGCGUCUGACCGAUGCUUCUCUUGGAGCGAAAGAUAUUUCUGAAUUGCUCGAGACCAUAUGGUCGACCCUCAAUAGCAUCGACAAUCCCUUCACCCCCGACCAGAUUCAGUACUGGAGAACCAUGAUGAGAAUGCUCUAUGUGGUUUUGAGAGGCUUCCGAACCUCUCCAGCAUCCGAGGGAGGAGAAGUCGAAUCCGGUCCCAACAGGAAAACCCGCUCAGCGUCGAAUAAGCAAGCUACAGAGACCAGCCACGAAGAUGAUAGGAUUGUUGAGGUCUUGCAGUGUGUGUUGAAUAUUCUUCACCGCGUGGUGGCUCAAGGCUUCCGGUCGCUAGUGGCUCUUAUCCAUGACCCGGUUGUCACGGUGCUACCUGAAGAUCUGGCGCUUCUGACUGCCAUCCUGCAGGCUUGCCUUUGCUUGCCAGGCAUUGACCAGGUCUCUGGACAGGUUCUCAACAUCAUGGUUUCCGAGGACGUUGGUCAAGCUGCGACAUCACUUCUUUCCUGGGCAGACAAAUUGGCGGUCAAGGGCGACCCUGUCUAUGGCGAGCUCAGCAUUCUGUUCCUCGUGCAGUUAUCCAACGUCCCGGUCAUGGCUGAACAGCUCGCAUCGGAAGGUCUUCUCGGCCAGCUAUCUUCGGCCAGCAUUGCAACUCACAUUCAACGACCGAAUGUCUCUCCCUUCGCAGAGAAUAUCGGGGCUCAGCGAUGCUACGACAUCUGGGCAAAGGGGAUCCUGCCGUUGCUUCUUAACGUGCUGUCGGCGCCGGGUCUGGGUCCGAAUGUAGCCACCGAAGUUGCAUGUGUCCUCAACCAGUUCCCCAAUCUCUUGCAGAGCAGUGUCGAUCGCAUAGAGGCUCCAGGAAUGAGCAGGACUACAUCCCGUGGCAAGGCUCAGUAUAUUACCUUGCUGGGCGUAUCAGAGGUCAACUCCCUCGCGCUUCUGACACGGGUGUUGGCCAAAUACAGGUCGGACUUCAACCGCGAGAUCCCGGAGAUAUCGUGGGACUCGGCGGCUGUGCUCGAGAAUGUGGAUUACUGGCUGACCAGCCGCAAGGUCCUGCGGGAGCGGCUCCUGCCCCUGGGUCAGCGCGAAGCUGACUGGAGGACGAUGAAGACGGCGGUGGAGGAAGUCAGUUUGUUAGAGCAGAAGGUGGUGUCACUACUGGAGGCUGUGAAGGAGGUGCUCGGUGAGGAUACGGAGUAGGUCUGCCGUAGCAACUAGAAUCUUAGCUUGCCCCAAUUGGUGCUUGAUACUCGGCAUGUGGCAUUAGAUGGGCGUUGGAUGGAUGGUAAAAUUCUAGCGGGCAAAAGCAUGAUGGAACGUUGAUACCAUGAUUCAAAAACACUGAGUAGUCGAAAAG